GGGAGGGAUGGAGGCCGAGCGCUGUGGAGCGCAGCCGGCACCGCCGCUGCCGCCCUCCUCCUCCUCCUCCUCCCCCCUUCCCCCGGGCGGCGAGGAGGCUGCAGCCCCUGCCGUCUUGGACACACCCGCGGGGGCCCAGGACUCCGCCGGCCCGGCGAUCCUCCCCUCUUCCUCGGAGCUGCUGGACUUUGACGAUGACGAGGACCUGGAAGUAUUCAGCAAGAAUACGUCAUUGUUGGAGGUAAACUCAUUCAGUCCUUUGAUACCAACAUCUCCUUCUUCUAUGAUAAACCAGUACAAAUUUGAAGAUGAACCAGAGUUAAAGGAUAUUUUCAUUACAGUUGAUGAUCCAGAAAGCCACAUCACUGCCAUUGAGACAUUCAUCACCUACAGAGUUGUUACAAAGACAACCCGUGGUGAAUUUGACUCCAGCGAGUAUGAAGUUAGACGAAGGUAUCAGGAUUUCCUUUGGUUAAAGGGAAAACUUGAAGAAGCACAUCCGACACUGAUAAUUCCUCCGUUGCCUGAAAAAUUCAUAAUGAAAGGAGUUAUGGAACGAUUUAAUGAUGAUUUCAUUGAGACUCGAAGGAAAGCACUGCAUAAAUUUUUAAACCGGGUGGCUGAUCAUCCCACUUUAACUUUUAAUGACGAUCUAAAAAUUUUUCUUACUGCACAAGCCUGGGAACUUUCCUCUCACAAGAAACAGGGGCCUGGCCUGUUGAGCAGAAUGGGACAAACAGUCAAAGCGGUUGCAUCCUCGAUGCGAGGAGGAACUCUGAAAAACCGUCCUGAUGCGUUCACUGAAAUGAACAACUAUGUGGAUGUCUUUAACCAGAAAAUUGGCCUCUUGAACAAAAUCUCUCAUAGAGUUUAUAAGGAAGAAAGAGACUAUUUUUAUGAGAUGAAGGAAUUUGGCCCAAUCCAUACACUUUGGUCUGCUUCCGAAGAGGACCUAGGAGACACCCUGAAAGGCGUUGCCAGCUGCAUUGACAAGUGCUCCAAGGCUAUGGAGAGGCGAAUGGUGGCACUUUCUGAAUCCUUGUUUCCUACUCUGCAUGAAUACGUGCUAUACAGUGAAAUAUUAAUGGGUGUCUUGAAAAGAAGAGAUCUCAUCCAAGCAGAGCUCGACUCCAAAGUUGAAGCUUUAUAUAAUAAAAAGGCCGAAAGUGAUCUGCUCUCGGAAGAGAUUGGGAAACUUGAAGACAAAGUGGAGUGUGCUAAUAAUGCACUGCAGGCUGACUGGGAUAGAUGGAAAGAAAGCAUGUGUCUUGAUGUGAAGAUGGCAUUCAGCGAUGUGGCUGAAAAUAAUAUCCGGUAUUAUGAACAGUGCCUUGCUACCUGGGAAUCCUUUUUGACAUCUCAAACAACAGACAUUUGUUUGGAAGGAAACCCUGAAGAACAGCCUUGACUUACUCAAAGAAGAAUGACAUCUUCUGAAAUGUUGUUUUUGCCAACCAAAGAAAUUUCCUGAACAGGAAGUCAAAUGCAUUUAUUCCAUAUAAGUACUAAGUUUUAGCAAUAUAUGGAAACAAAGAUAUUUAAAUCUCAGGUAUUCCACUGUUCCAGACCAUAUUUUGAAUCACGGUAAACAGAGAGAUCGAGAUCUGGUUUGAUUUUCAACAGUAUUCUGCUUAUAUUUGUGUUCUGAAAUACUAUGUAAUUUGGAUAUAAAAAUAUUUUAAAUAUGUGAAAAUAGCUCAGUUUUAAUAUUAAAAUGUUAAAUAGGAA